AUGGGGCGCAUUUCCAGGGACCGGCGAGAUAUUUACUAUAGAAGAGCCAAGGAGGAGGGCUUUCGUGCGCGGUCGGCUUACAAACUCUUGCAGCUUGACGAUGAACUGCACUUCCUCUCUCCCCCCAAAAUCGUCCGCUCUUACAGCAGUUCUGGGGACUCCUCUGGCUCCUCAGACGAGGAACCAGACAGUAAUCGUUGCCACUGGCCCUCCUGCGUCGCUGAGACUGGCGAAGAUACGUCGUCUGGAGAAGCCCCUCCAUCUGCUGAAGCCACCAGCCACUCCGGUACGGAUGCAGAUCUAAAAGCUGCUAUGGGACAAUCGGUUUGGGAUUACCCUCACCGAGCUGUGGACUUAUGCGCGGCACCAGGCAGCUGGACGCAAGUCCUGCGGCGCCGCCUCUGGCAGAAUUACGAACUCAAGCUGGCAGAUUACAAUAGUCAGCUGCAGCGGCAGCAACAACAAGGGCUAAAAAGAAGUUCCGGCGAGUCAACAGACUCCACAGCGUCAGGAAAAUCCUCUAGUGCGGCUGGUUCAGGACAUGCCCUAUCAGCGGAUGCGACUUCUUUGUCACCUCCUGACCCCCCAAUGAUUGUAGCCGUAGAUUUGCAGGAGCUAGCACCAGUUCCCGGGGUCUUUAUGCUGAAGGGGGAUAUCACUCAUGCGUCUACUUCGGAGGCAAUCCUUUCAUUCUUCAAGCACCAGCCAGCUGACUUGGUGGUCUGCGACGGCGCACCCGACGUAACGGGCAUGCGGGACAUUGACGAGUUCAUUCAAAUGCAGCUGUUGUUAGCUGCACUGGGAACGGCUUCCCAGGUUCUCCGCCCUGGAGGUACUUUUGUGUGCAAAAUAUUCAGGGGGGAGCAAGCGGCUCUGUUGUACAUGCAGCUAAUGGCGCUGUUUGCUGAUGUGCGUUGCUGCAAGCCCGCUGCAUCCAGGAGCAGCAGCGUCGAGGCCUUUGUAGUUUGUCGAGGUUUCUCUCCAGACCUCAAGUCCCUCUCCUCCAUCUCACGUAUCAGUGAGAGGAAGGAAGGAGAAGCGCUAGAAGGUGAGGACUCUGACAAAGUGGAGAUGCGGCAAGCGACAAUGCCAGAAUCCCAUUGCACUACGGCCAGGAAGGAGAAAGAUAUUGACGAUUUGUGGGGAGAGCAAGUGAUCGGUCAGCUUGUACCGUUUUUAAGCUGCGGUGAUAUAAGGUACAUGGACGCGGAUCGCAAUUACAACCUUUCAAAGUGUGCAUAUACCCCAAAGCCGCCGACUCAGUCUCCAACACACCCUGCUUACGAGCUGGCGGUUCUAAGAAAGAAGGGACUUCUCUCUCCUUGA